AUGUUAUGGGUGAGUGGGGCAGCUGUAGCCAGAAUGGAAGAUCGAUCGUUGAAUGAUAAUGGGCUAAUGUCGUUCAUUUACGAUUGGACGGAUGUGACACCGAUAUUUGGUGCUCCAAGGCGUUUAGAAGGGCCGCUACAUAUUGAGUAUGAUGAUCGGCCUGAUGUCUUCUAUCUCACCUUGUCCCUGUUGGUGGUCUAUGCAGUGAUUAUCUACUAUUUACGAGACCGCAUUUAUGAAAAUCCACGUGUACGCAGUGCUGUGGCGUGGUUUUCUGAACGAAUGGACCAGAUGGGAGAGUAUUUCGGUGCUCGUGUAGAAGCACAACGUCGAUAG